AUGAAGUGGGAGGAGUUUGAGAAAGCUGGGUUUCUGCCCUUCAUUGAAAAGCAUGAGCGCGAAGGGACCUCAUGGGAGACGAGGGUCAUUGCCUGGAAGAAGGAAUUCGGGACUUCGAGGAGCAUAGGGUCCCUGCGAGGGCAGCUUAAUCGUUGUAUACUUGAGGGCUCGUAUACAGCUGCUAAAACGGCUGGGUUUCGCUCAUCCUCCACCAAUGCCGAUACGCGGGCGCGGGCAAAGCCAGUUAAGCGCCUCCAGAGCGAAAUGCCACGACCGUCACAACGAUCGCCUCAAACGAAGAGAAUACCCCUGCACAGGCAUUCGGUAUGGAACGUGUCUCCCAACCGAGAAGCAUCUCCAGCACGUUCCUCAGCGCCCACACUAGAGGGCUCACUAUCACUGCCAUCGAUGUCAUUUGAAAGGCCGGCGUUGAAAAAUUAUGGAAAGGAGCCAAAUGUUCCGCCGCCUGAAGAGGUGACUGAGCGACUAAAGUAUUGUGCUGCGUUCUUAAUCAUCGAAGUUUGCUUUCUCAAAGAAGAACUUCAGGACAUCAAGACGUUUCUUUUUCAUAGUCUCGGAAAAUACAAGGCAAUUCACUUUCCCUCCUUUCUUAACCAUUUUGACUAUGAUCUCUACAAGACUUUCCGACAAUACGUUGGUAUAAUCCCAUGGGCUAAAGUCUUCAAGAAGGCUGAGAGCACGGAGAGGGGACAGCGACUUUGGCCUACUGGAAGCCAGGACAAAAAACUCAACUUUCGGAUUGACAAAGGGGCGAAGAUCAGCGACACCCAACAUGAAAUCAUUAUACAAGCCAACAAGGGCGCUGACGAUCCGGAAGUCAAGAAAUCUGCGCAAAAGGACAGCCACAGAAUCCUGGCGAAAUGCACAAUUAACCUCAAAAAAGGAGAUGGAGAGCAGGCCAAGUCAGAUCUGGAGGCGUCAUUUAGGGACAUUGAAGAUUGAAAGAGGACACAAGUUGGUUUGCAGUGAUGUAUGUACUUCGUCUGUUAGCCAGUGAGUGGAG